AAAAACUUCUUGAAGAAGAGCUUUGAGCCAUGUCAUUGGCUGAGCGCCGUGCGACAGGAAAAUGGAUUUUGAGGUCAGGACAAAAUGUGCUGCAUCUGUCCUACAGCUGGUGUGGUGAACUGUCACUUAUCAGAGACUGUUCAGGGACAUCAUGAGCGCUUCUGUGGCCGUGUACAGGAGCAUCUACACGGAAGACCGCUUCAAACAGGCCUACGGCUCAGAGCCCAGCGGGCGCGGGCGGCUCCUGGACAAGCUGGCCGGGACGUGCAGGUGCUCUCAACGAGCGCUCCUUCACCUGCUCAGAGAACGAGUGCCCGCGUGCGGCUGGCUGCCCUCCUACAGGCUGAAGAAAUGGAUUCUGGGAGAUACGAUAGCGGGACUCACAGUCGGUAUACUUCACAUUCCACAAGGAAUGGCCUUUGCUUUACUCACAUCCGUGGCACCAAUAUAUGGUCUUUACACCUCUUUCUUCCCUGUGGUCCUCUAUAUGUUGUUUGGCACAGGUCGCCACAUCUCCACAGGUACAUUUGCUGUGGUGAGUCUGAUGACUGGUUCUGUGGUGGAGCAACUGGUUCCAACUCCCCUGGAGAUGAACUCGAGUUCUUCUGAAGCAGCCGACUUUGAGGUCCAGAGGAUUGGAGUGGCCUCUGCUGUUGCCCUGCUGUCAGGAAUUAUCAUGCUCUGCAUGUUUGGUCUUCAGCUGGGCUUCCUCUCCACCUACCUCUCGGAGCCGAUUGUUAAGGCUUUCACCAGUGCUGCUGCUUUCCAUGUGACUGUCUCGCAGCUGCAGAGCAUGCUGGGGCUGCGGAUUCCUCGCCACACUGGGACUUUCUCCCUUUUCAAGACGCUGGCGUCAGUGAUGGAGAAUCUUCAUCACACCAAUACGGCUGAGCUGCUGAUCUCCUUGUUAUGUCUGGCUGUCCUGGUGCCGGUUAAGGAGGUCAAUACCCGUUACAGGCAGCGCCUGCGUACACCAAUUCCUGUGGAGAUCCUCACGGUGAUCAUAGCUACAGGAGUGACCUAUGCCUCUUCACUCGAUUCUGCUUAUGAUAUUGAGAUAGUUGGACAGAUCCCAGCAGGAUUCCCGAGUCCACGGAUGCCUGCCUUGCACACUUUUUCAGAAAUUGCAGGAGACACGGUAGCCAUCACAUUUGUUGGCUACGCCGUGUCAGUCUCACUUGCAAUGAUCUAUGCUGACAAAUAUGGUUAUUCCAUACAUCCUAACCAGGAGCUGCUGGCUCAUGGUAUCUCCAACACAGUGUCUUCUUUUUUCACCUGCUUCCCGAGCUCAGCCACUCUAGCCACCACAAACAUAUUGGAAAGUGCUGGAGCAUACACACAGCUCUCUGGUCUGUUCACAAGUCUGGUUGUUCUGAUUGUUCUGUUGCUGAUUGGACCGCUCUUCAACUUCUUGCCCAAGGCAGUACUGGCAUGCAUCAACGUCACCAGCCUCAGGCAGAUGUUCCUACAGUUCCAGGACUUACCUGAAUUGUGGAGAAUCAGCAAGAUUGACUUCAUGGUUUGGGUGGUAACCUGGCUGUCUGUAGUUGUACUCAAUGUGGACCUUGGCUUAGCCAUCGGGGUGGUAUUCUCGAUGAUGACUGUCAUCUGCCGCACACAAAGGGCUGGCUGCUCAGUGCUUGGGCGGGCCAGCAACACAGAAAUUUAUAGACCUCUGGAAACCCACAGCAAGUGCUAUGAGGUGCCAGGGGUGAAGAUCCUGACUUACAACGGGCCUAUUUACUAUGGGAACCGCAGCUUCUUCAGGGAGGAGAUGAGCAGGCUAUUGGGUCUGACACCGGAGAAGAUCCGUAGUCGAGAGAAGGCCAGGAAAACCAUGGAGAAAAGGGAGCGAGAGUCUGCCGUUCAACACUGUGGAACGAGGUAUUGCAAGCACUUCGUUUUCUUCAGGAAAAAUGAAUUAUUAAUCUGAAAUGUCUGAGGAUAACAUGCAGGCAGUGUUACUUGACUGCAGCAGUGUGAUAUUUGUAGAUGUUGCUGGAGCAAGACUCUUUACACAGAUAUGCACUGAAUGUCAGAAAAUUGGUGUUCAUAUAUAUCUGGCAAACUGCAAUGAGAAAGUCUUAAAGAUUCUCACAUCAAGUGGUCUAAUGAAGUACAUGAAACCCCAACAUAUUUUUGUCACAGUUCAUGAUGCCGUGCUGUAUAUUCAACAGCAGAAUGAAAAACCUUCAGAAAACACCAC